CAAAAAGAAAGCAAAAUUACAAGAAUAACACUGGCAUGAAUUAUGGAGAAAAAGGCGGUUUGCACAAACCAGAAGAAGCAGACAAAAACCCAACAAGGGGUGUGCUUGAAUGCUUCACAGCUUUGAUUGAUAGGAGGAGGCAGGUUGCCAGGUGGCUUCUUGUUAACGUGAUUUCUGCAAAACUUUCCUUCGUUCCCAUAUCCCAUCUUAUCCUCUUCACUAUAAAUGUAAGCCCUCAAGCUCUGCUCUCCCUACCUCCCUCACCAAACACCUCUCACCACUCUCUUUACUCUUUUGGGGUGAAAAUGGCAGCUGUGCUCUCUCUUCUGCUUGCAUUCUCAUUUAUGUUCACUAAUCCUGCUUAUGCAGCUGUACAUGUGCCUUUGGAUGGGCUCUUGAACAAUGGCAACUUUGAAGAGCCACCAAAACCAACAAACCUCAAGAAAACAGUACUCAUAGGCAAAUAUGCACUGCCCAAAUGGGAAAUCAAUGGUUUCGUGGAGUACAUCUCCGGCGGGCCGCAACCGGGUGGAAUGUACUUUUCUGUGGCUCAUGGUGUUCAUGCUGUGAGGCUUGGCAAUGAGGCCUCCAUCUCUCAAACCAUAAAGGUGAAAGCAGGGUCUCUGUAUGCUCUAACAUUUGGGGCAUCAAGGACUUGUGCACAAGAAGAGGUUUUGAGGGUCUCAGUGCCUCCUCAGGCAGGGGACCUUCCUUUGCAGACUCUCUAUAGCAGCAAUGGAGGUGAUACUUAUGCUUGGGGUUUCAGAGCCACUUCCAAUGUAGUUAAAGUGACUUUUCACAAUCCUGGGGUUCAAGAGGACCCUGCUUGUGGUCCUCUCUUGGAUGCAAUUGCUAUCAAGGAACUCUUCCCGGCACUACCCACUAGAGAUAAUUUGGUCAGAAAUCCUGGGUUUGAGGAGGCUCCCCAUAGGUUAUUCAACUCUUCCCAUGGUGUACUCCUCCCCCCAAAACAACUAGAUGUAACAUCCCCACUUCCUGGCUGGAUCAUCGAGUCCCUCAAAGCCGUAAAGUUCAUCGACUCCCAACACUUCAAUGUCCCAUUUGGAAAAGGCGCCGUUGAGCUUGUUGCAGGGAGAGAAAGUGCCAUAGCCCAGGUUCUUAGAACUGUGCCCAACAAGAUCUACAAUCUCUCAUUCGUCGUUGGCGAUGCAAGGAACGGCUGCCACGGUUCGAUGAUGGUUGAAGCAUUUGCCGGUAAGGACACCUUAAAAGUUCCCUUCACCUCCCAAGGAAAAGGCGGGUUCAAGGCUGCUAGUCUCAAGUUCAAAGCAGCUUCACCCAGGACCAGAAUUACAUUCUACAGCUCUUUCUACCACACCAGGGUUGAUGACUACGGAUCUCUUUGUGGCCCUAUCCUAGACCAAGUUAGGGUUUACCCUGUUGCUUAGAUUCUAGUUUAGUUAUAUCAUCACCAUAAGACUACAAUAUCAUUACUGAGAUUGUGCCAAGGAUAUUAUUCCUACUUUUUUGUAAAUUUGACCGUUGAUGAAGGUAGAUGUUUACCUAUUUUCGACUAGAGAGAGCUAUGUACUUUUCAAAUUUAAGAAAAUUUGCCCAUGCGAA